AUGACUGAUCCAUUGAUUGGAGGUCUUGUGGUCUCUGCUCCGCUGUUCUCAACUUCUCCUCCCCCCAACCCUAUGGGACCACGAGAACCUUUACGCAAUACCCCCGCAAAUAUAGAGGCAUCGGACAAAGAGCUUGCCAGGCUUGCUGCCGAAGUGAGAAAAGUUGCUGGUCGCAAACGAAAGCAGAACAGGCGCCAGACAGCCAUUUCCAGACGAAGCCCCUUUGUCUCGUUCUGGGAUAGCUGGGCAGCCGAACAGACAAAGGUCGUAGACAUCAUGUCCCAGAAGGGUCUGCAUGUGAUAUGGGAGAGGAAGGAUCCGUUUGUGAGACCCUGCCUUCUCCAUGCCUUCUUGAGCAGCUAUUGGGAUUCUCGGGAAGAGGAUCUCGACGACAAGGUUCAGGAGCUGUGGGAUGCUAUUUACCAGAAUUGGAGGAAAGGGGACGAUGAGAAGAAGGGCCAGCAAGAUCCUGCGGAGUUCUUUAUGGAAAUGUACUAUCAGAUCUUGGACGAUGUUCCAUCCGCACUUCAACAUGAUUAUUUGGAAAUCUGCGACACUGACCUCGUCACCGGUCAACAGUGCAAGGGAGAGAAAUGCUGCAAGGACACUACUUACCAGCAGGAGUCCGGAUGGCCUGUGUUGUCUAUUCAAUUCGACCCGGAGAGCAAGGUUAAAACCGUCGAGGAGGCAAUUCUAGCACAUAUAAACAUGCAAACUCUCGCUGGGCCCUGUGGUGAGUGUGGAUGCAAACAGAUGCAGAAAGAAUACAUCUCCAAGCCGUCCGAGAUGUUCGUCGUCCAGCUCAACCGCACCGGUGAAGGCGGAACAAAGAUCGACAAAGCAAUCGACUUCGAAGGACACGUGAAGAUCAAGGGAGAGCAUCUAGAUCCACGAAUCGAGUCAGCAUCAAGUCAUAAUAUCCUCUACGAGCUGACCGCGGUGAUCCUGCACUCCGGCGCCAGCGUCGACCAAGGCCACUAUACCAUCAUUGUGAAGGGUCGCACCAAUAAAUGGACCUUGAUCGAUGAUGAAAAGGCCAUCCCGAUCACGAUCUCGGAUUUCUGUAGAAAGCCUCAGACUCAGAAGGAUGCCUAUAUAUUCGCAUAUACCCGGUGGCCCCGGCAGCCGACUGAGGAGAGAAUGAUCCGAAACCAGAGGAUAUAUACCGUGGACAGAAUUGAGAAGCGCCUCCAACGGCAAAACACCUCGUUGCCGAGUGGCAAGUUCCGUCAACCUGAGAGCUAUACCAAACCCCAAGGCGCCUCUGGUAAAAUUAAUCUCACCUCUAGCCCGUCGGUUCAGUCAAUUUCAAGCAAUACCACUUCAAGCAAUGCCACAUCAAACAGGUCGCAGGCAAAUUAUUCAGCCCCGGCUCCUCCGACUCAUAGAGCAGCAGCAGCAGCAGCAGCAACAACAGGGCAAAUGCAGGCUCCGCCAGUGGGGUAUGUAAGUCGACCAUUGCCUCCGAAAGACCUCAAGGGACCUCUCAUGGGCCAUGAGAGUUUCCAAAUGCCUGUACACUGCGGAGCAGAUUUCCCAGCCCCUCAUAGUAACAAGAAGGGCUUCCUUAGAGUUCAGUACAUUGAGUAUGAAGCCAGUAGUCAAAAGGAUUCUGGUAAAAUACAAUAUGAGAUUCCGCUUGACUUUGCCGUGCGCGGAUAUCCAAUUAACGUCAAGGAGAAUCCAAUGGAGACUCCUCUUAAUUCGACACUGAAUACGAUUUUAAAGCGUCAGAAGUCUAAUGAGGAUAUUAUGUCGGAUUGA